CCUCCUCGCUCGAGACUAUAUAUUGAGCGUUGCGCCGCCGUAACGAGGGACGGGAGGCGUCGCCGGCGUCCACGACGCGGCAGGGGUGAGGCGCUGGCUAUUUACAGGGAUGAGAGAUGCCGUCCGCUCCGAAGCCGGCGAGGUCCCCGGCGACCGCGAUAUGCGCGGGGUCUAAGGGCAGGCGGCCGUUUGAACGUGAUGUUGACGGCGGCGAGCGGCGGCCGCUCGCUCUCUCCUCCUGCUCCAAGCGGCCAGAUCCGCACCAUGCUCGCGGUCACCUCUGCCCCCUCCCCAUCCUUUGGAUGUUUGUUGUAUUUCUUCAAUCAUCGUUGGAUGAUACAGUGCUGAGACACAUCGGGGCCGCUUGGGUGUUGCAAUCUGACGGCGGAUUACAGACAUUCCAAGCGGGGCCUUACUGGUUUCGUAAAUCUGCAUUGCACUGUGCCGAUAAGGCCCCCGUAACGUCUGGUCGGGGGCGUGUGGCAGCCUAGCCACCCACAAGGCACGCAACAUGUGGUUCUCGGAGCCGGUUCGCUGCGCAUCAACCAAUCACCGGCCGCCCCUUCACCACUUCCCGCAGGGACAUAUAACCCGCGCCUCAUCUGCAAGCCUGUGGUGGACACAGGCAGUGCUAGCUCGCUCGAUCGAUCGUCCUCUCAACCACCAUGGC